AUGUGUUAUGAAAGUGGACGAGGUCCAAGACGCUACUAUGAGCGCACUGACCGUGAGCAAGAUAUCCAUGUCCUUGAAUCAACAGCUUACCGUCGCCUGAAGGCUUGGGGCCUCUGCGACAAAAGGAUCAUUCCUCGAUUUCUAGGGACCAUUGACAAGUUUGAUCCAAGGGCAUGUCAACCUCAUCUGAACAUGUUCCUGGAAGACGAGUAUCCGCCCAGUGCACUAUUCCUAGAAUACAUUUCCAAUCUUGAAAUGCUUCAUCUGCACAACUACACAGAGGCUCGCAUGGACAAUUUUAUUGAGGGGCUACGUGAAAUACACAAAGCGGGGGUUUUACACCAUGAUGUAAAGCCUCGGAAUAUGCUUAUUGUCAAGGAUGACCCCAACCCUGACCGGGUUGUUUGGAUUGAUUUUGACCGGGCACAGACCUAUGAUAUACACCUGAUGACGGAGCGGCAGAAGACGUUCAUUGCUGAGGAACAAGAAAUAGUGGAAUCGUACAAAGUGCUUAUGGAAGAGGAUGUUCGAGUCGGCAAACUGGACCAAAUGUAUCUUUUCUACUGCACUUAA